AUAAAACCAAACCAUAGUCACCAUCAGCGGCGACAGUACCGAAGAGUUUAACCUAUUGUUGGGAUUGCUUGUUCCUUUGAUAUGAAGGUGAAAAGCUGAGAUCUUUAUUUUGAGAAUAGCAAUUAUUCAUCUAUUUGGACGCUGGGUUUUAUCAAAAUGAGGAAGCGUCAAGUCUUGAAGCAUUCAAUUGCUAUUGUAAGCAUGCUGGUGUGUGUUUGCUGCUUUUUUAUUGUGUCUGUGACUGUUUUCAAGCUCCCAGAGGCCCCAAGAAAAGAUAGGCAAAUGGGGUUUUACCCAACAAUCAGAUCCAGAAAAGUUUCCCUUCAAGAUUUCAACUUGGGUAAGUUUGGGGAAAUGAUGAUUGACAUGUUGCCUCAAGAUCUUGCUUUUACCGUAUUUGUUCCGUCCGAGGAUGCUUUCAAGCGAGAUCUGCGUCUGUCGGUGAGUGAUAGUUUGAAACCAGACAAGUUCAAUGAUACUUACGCGAUUGUGACUCGUAUUUUGGGGUUUUCAGCUGUUCCUAGGAUACUUUCUUCGGCUAAUGUGCAAUCGGGUGAGCUUGUGAACUAUGAUUCGUUAUCUGGGUUUCCCUUGUAUGUCUCAAAAGACAUCGAUGGAAUGCUUGUUGUUAAUAGGAUUCGAUCAGAAAUAGUAGAUGUUAGGAAGAAGGAGAUUGUUGUCCAUGUCAUGGAUGGGGUUAUUAUGGAUGCUGAAUUUGAGCAAUCGGUUUUAGCUGAGGAUGAUACAGAGGAGGAUUGACUUGACUGUAUUCGGGUUUUGCCCUUUGAUUUUGGCUUCAUGUUUUGUUGUAUUCAACGGUGGCAUAACAGAAUUAAAAAAAAAACAAA